AUUUUUUAGAGCUGAAAAUUCCUUUAGAAAGCCCGUUUAUCAAUGACUCAAGUAAUCUGAUUAAGCGAUGAAAAACAGGAUAAUCUAUGGAGGGUUAAAGAGGACACGGUGGAAUUUGUCUUACAGUCAUGAUUGAAUUUGCUGACAUGCUGUUGACAUAUAAUGCUACUAGCAUUUUAUUAUCAGUUAAAUCGCAAUGGAGGAAAGACGCACAUUUGAGAGUGCACUUAUUGAGAUAUUCUCGGAUUCUCGCUUUACUUAUUAGCUCUUCGUCGCGCUGUCAUUAUCUCACAACGACUGAUCUGAAUUUCCAUGAACGUACGUCAUCACAUAGCUUUUCCACCUGCUUAGACUGUAGCAAAGUGGGCCUGCGUUUCGUCGCUGCCUCUUUAUUCGUUUAUUGUGCUAAAAGUCACUGGUGAGGAAGGGAAAACGGCAUGCGGCGGAUCGUACGUCUGAAGGUAACGAGCCAAUACGAGUUUUGUGUGACCAAAGAAGAGAUCAUCGCUGGAUUGACGAUAUAAAUGGGACGAAAGGCAUCAUACAUGGUUUCAAGCGGCGUGAUAAAUCUCGCCUUUGUCGUAGACGAACCGGUAAAUCAGAAUGGCGUCGUUAAUGGGACCAUUCAUGAACCUAACAUGCGGAAGCUGCAGCCGACACGUCAGCAAUGGGGUAACGACAAGGAAUUUUUGCUAUCCUGCAUCGCCAUGUCGGUUGGUCUCGGGAAUGUAUGGCGAUUUCCGUUCACGGCGUACGAGAAUGGUGGCGGCGCUUUCCUGAUACCAUACAUUAUUAUUUUGAUCGUUGUAGGAAAGCCAUUUUAUCUGCUAGAGAUGAUUUUAGGGCAAUUUUCCAGCCAGUCAUCCGUGAAGAUCUGGAACAUCUCGCCAGCAUUCAGAGGUAUUGGCAUCGCGCAAUUUAUAACAAUGCUGGCACUGGCAUCCUAUUACUGUUCACUGAUGGCGUUGACUCUAUUCUACCUCGUUGCCAGUUUCCAGACGGAAUUACCAUGGGGAAGAUGCUGGAAAGAAUGGGGCGAGUUCUGCAUAGACUCUUUACCUGGUAACCACAGCGCUAGGAUUGAAAACGUCAGCUAUUCCAGCUCUGCUGAGCUGUAUUUCUACAAAGAGGUAUUGCGGGAGAAGGAUAACAUCGACGACGGCAUCGGUAUACCGGACUGGCGGCUAUCAAUCACGCUCUUCCUUAGCUGGCUGACAGUAUUCCUUGUAGUGAUACGCGGCGUACGCAGUUCCGGCAAGGCGGCGUAUUUCCUGGCGAUAUUUCCUUACGUGGUUCUCAUCGUGCUAUUCGUAAGGGCGGUUACGCUAGAUGGAUCUACCGCUGGUAUUCUGUACUUUAUCACCCCGACAUGGGAGAAGCUAUUGACGCCGAUGAUCUGGUAUCAUGCUGUUGCUCAAUGCUUCUUCUCGUUGACUGUGUGCUUUGGUGCUGUCGUCAUGUUCGCUUCACACAACAACUUUCAUCAUGAUGUAUAUCGAGACGCGAUGAUCGUGACGACUUUGGAUACUUUUACUAGUCUGCUGGCCGGUUGCACGAUCUUCGCCAUUCUGGGCAAUCUCAGCCGCGAAUUGGGGAUCGAGGAUGUCGGCGCAGUGGUCCGAGGUGGCACCGGAUUGGCGUUCAUCUCCUAUCCGGAAACGAUCACAAAGUUCACGGUUGCACCGCAAUUCUUUAGCAUCGUGUUCUUUGCGAUGCUAUUCGUUCUGGGUAUCGGCAGCGAGGUCGGCCUUGCUUCUGCCAUAAUUUCCGUCGUGCACGAUCAAUUUCCGAAAGUCAAGUACUGGCACGUAGCGGUCGGCACUUGUUUCUGCGAGUUCUUAAUUGGCCUCAUAUACGUCACACCGGGCGGUCAAUUCAUGAUAACUUUUGUUGAUUAUUACGUGACCUCAUUUAUCGCUUUUCUACCAGCAAUUUUCGAAAUGAUCGCCGUCUCUUGGUCGUAUGGAAUGACUAACUUCUUGAAUGACGUUAACUUUAUGCUGAAGAGACGGUUGUCGGUAUUCUGGCGAGUCUGCUGGAGCGUUCUUACUCCUGGAAUUCUCCUUAUAAUUGUCGUCUAUACAUUUGCUAAUCUUGAACUACUGAAAUAUAACAAGAAGUUUUAUCCUUAUCUAAUUUACGUUGUUGGUUGGAUUCUUUUUUCUAUCGCUGUUCUCCAAAUACCUUUGUGGAUUGCCAUUGCAAUAUUUAAUAAAAGACAUCUUCCUUUCCGAAAAAUGAUCAGAGAAGCCUUUCGACCAUCGAAAUUAUGGGGUCCAAGCAACUCGGAAGAUCGUAGAAAAUGGCUGGCCUUUCGAGACCAGUGUGACACGGAAGAAAAAUGAUAUCGCAAGAAUAUAAAUCAUGGCGAUUCAAGGUCUGUUCUGAUGUUUCAAUGACGAAGUCAACGAAAUGGCUUUGUGGUAGAACUACACGUGUCACAUUUGCUGUUUUAUCGAUGAAAACUUAGUUAUACAAUUGCUGGCACAUAUGUCAUAUCACGCCGCUAUGUGUAAUGAUGAUAAUAAGUGGUUUUGUUUCCCGCGUAUUUCGAGCAAAUUGCAAUUCAUCAUUUGUCCUUGCUACGUUAACUAUACGUUCUUAAACUUGACGAAAAAUUGUAUUGAAAAUUGAAAUUAUGUGAGUUUGAAAAUGUCGCCACAUGACCUGAACAACUACGGCACCGUGUAUGCAACAUUGAGACAUUAAAACAUUGAGCAAUUGCUCUUCAGAAAAUUUUAAAAAGAUGCGUGAAUAAAAUGCCUGAAAUAUUUUACUUUAAGUCUGGUUUUCUGUGAGAGAAAUGCGGAGCAACAGUAUUGCUUUUUAAUUAUGAAAAUAAUUAUUACUAAUUGCAUAAUUAUUACUAAAUUAAUUUGCAUAAGUUUGCGAAGAUGACUUUAAAUGUUUUAUUAUGUAAGUGUAUGCAUAAUGAGCGUGCAAAUGCGCAAUAUGAAUGCCGCGUGUAAUUUCAUCUCUUCUCGACGCUAAGAGAAUGUACCGGUUCUCCUUUCGCUUAGAAAGGUCCUGCGUCAUUGCACGUGAAGCGUGACGUAUGGUGACAUCACGCAACUGUGACGUACGGAAUUAUUGUAAAUACAGAAGAUACAAAAAGAAAAA